GUUUUAUGUUUAAUCUACUUAGGUUUGCAAAAACUAAUAAGUUCACUUAAUUCCUUGAUGUUGUCCAAACACAAUUUGAUUGUGUGGAACACAGCAUUUUUACAGCGUAUGCUUGUAAACAUUAAUGACCAGAGUUAGCAAGAACUAACAAUGAACAACUGUAUUGCCCUUAAAUAAUAAGACAAAUCAAUACUGUAUUACUCAUUGUUUUGUUUGUGAUGUUAGUAAAUAACAAUAACCAAUGGAAACUUGUUGUUUACAUCAUACAGCCUGUUUUGUAUGUUAGAUCUUACGGAAAAAUAACAAACUUCUCUAUUCUUAUAUGUAUUAUAGAACUGAAGCAUCAUCAUGAGCAACAAAACUAAAUCAUCGACUGCAAAGUUUUACAAGGAACCAGUGAUGGUGGAGGAAGUGUACACUGGAUAUUUACAAAAGUCUCCUGCUUCACCGAUCAUUGCAAAAAACCUUCUGUCACAGAAAUCAUGGAAGCGGCGUUUUUUUGUGCUCUCCAAGACUGUCGAUAACAACCACCAGCUGACAUAUUAUCCAAGCAGCGAAAGGAGAGACAAGCCUUUGGGAAAGAUAGAUCUUUCCAAGAUCAGCCUGCUGUUUACUAGCCCAGAUUCACAUCCAACAUGGGACUGGAUCCAGAAACACAUCAAGUGUCCUCCAUCCUCUGUGCUUUUCAUGACGGUGGAAACUAGAGACUAUUUUCUCAUUGGACAAAACAGUGAUGAUGUGGAUGGCUGGCUCAAUGCAAUAGUCACUGCACUGAAGAAAUCACAAUGUAAACCAAAUACAGAGGAUCCCCCACAGGACAACAGAAUCAGAUCGAUUUCCGCACCUCUAAACUGCUCAGAGCCGAAAGUUGAAGAUCACCAUGAUGAAAGAUGGUCAGCGCCAGCUCUAAUGUCGGCUUCCUUUUCAACACAAAGCCAUUAUGACUAUCCUCGCAAGUUCAGUGAACCUCUAGUACCAGCAGAGCGCAAGCUCUCAGUUAUUGAGAUUCAAGAUGAGAAGACGAAGGAGAAAGAUAAAUCUCCAGAAAAGAGCAGUGAAUAUAUGUGCAUGGCAUCAGUACAAAUAGCUUUGGAAGAUAACCAGCAGGAGAAAAGCACUGCAUGCGCACAAAGUUGCAAUGAUGGUCGCGAUGCGUCUGUGUGCAAUGGUGCAGUCAACCAGGAAACAGAUGACCAAAAUCAAAAAAUGAAUAAAGAAAGGAGAAAUUCUGAUCCACGUGAGCAUUCACAACCACGUCAUCACAACUUCAAUAAUAACCAUGCAUCGACUGAGCUGGACAAAGCACCUUCAAACAAAAGUGGAACGGAAACACAUGUUGAAAAGGAGAUCUGCAUUAGUCAAAACAGCCUGAAAAACAGUCUGGUUUUAACAGAGAAAGAAGGCAAACCUUGUGUGUCUGAGUGUCGGCAGAGUCAGGACUCGUGUCUUUUCCACAAGGGUGAUCAGAUCCUUGCCUUCAACGAUCUACUGAUAGACACAGUAGAUGAGAUACAGACAUACCUUAGAAGACUCAGCAAGGAUGAGGUGAAACUCACCAUUCGGCGGCUUCCAGGGUCCCAGCCUCUCCACAGUGAAGCCUGUCCAUCACACUAAGGACAUGACAGAAACAUCACAUCAUCUCUCAUCAGCAACCAUUGAGAUAUCAGAAUUGUUGUGUACAAGUGUAGCUCAAGGUUAAAGGGUUUGUUUGGCAUCAUUAGAUUCUAGUCAUAAAGGAGGAAAGCACAGCAUUAAUAAGUUACAGAAGAGGCAAUGAGUUUAUCCAAAGUAUUUGUCCUCUGUGCAUGUACUGUACAUAAAGCAUGUAAAUAUGUAAAUUGACUGUUAAAAUCACUGACCUUACAAGAAAAUGACUGUAUAUAUGUACUAUAUGAGACAGUAGUGGAAAUAUGAGUUAAUGUUUGUUUAUUUGAAAAACAAGAGUUAAGUAUUACUUUAUAACAAGUAUGAAGGUUAAUUCACAGCAAAAUACGCAGUUCUAAACUGUUCAUAUAUUAUAAGCUCUUUAAAGCUGCACUUUCUAACAGUAUGAGAUACUUUAUAUACUGUGUAUAUACAACAUUUAUGUGUAUUAUUUACUGUGUAUAUACAACAUUUACUUGUAUAUGUAACAUUUACUGUAUAUAUACAACAUUUAUGUGUAUUAUACUUUGCAAUGCAUUUAAACAAGGAUGCUAUUAUUGAUUAAUCAAUGAUUAAAAUGUGUCAGUUACUCUUGAUAAAUGAUCA